CUUUCGUUUCACUUAUGUUUGCCUCGUUUCUUGUCGAGUAAAGACUUUCAAAAUAAUUUGAGUUACAGCCGGAGAUUUUUGAACGAUUUGCAAUGGCUGGUGCCAGCGGAGAGAAUGCAGAAAGUCCGACAAUUUCUCCCAGACAGCAAGCGAAUAGAAAGCCCUCGCGAAAUCGUCUUUCUUGUCAAGUCACUCUUCUCGAUGGAACGGUUUUGACUACAGAUCACUUACAAGUAAGUUUUUUCCAACGGUCUAUUCGAUGUUUUUAAGCUACUGUAGUAGAUCUCGUUAAAAAUCUUGAAGUUUAACCCACAGUUUUUCCAAUUUUAUGAUGGGAAAUGCUUGGGGAAAUGUCUUACCCGAAAUGUCGUUGUCAAGACGGGCAGCAGUAUAUUUUGAAUCGAACUUUAAGCACGGUUCGAAUGGCAAUGAUUGAAGCGAUUACAUGGAAACUUUCCAAUACCUAACAACUCUUGUUGCUUAACGACACGAUUUUAUAUUUGUCCUAUGGCUGUUAAAUGGUGUGUUAUUGUGUCUCGUGAGAAGUCAAAUUGGAAAAAUUGAGAAAGGAAACGGUCGUCUCCCGCGGACCUACAAAAGCAUUUUAUGUAAAUGUCUACAGCGGCUUUGACUGUGCACAUUAACACGUUUCAUGGCCGAUCAUCAGGGUUUGCCUUAUCUGCAAAUAAAUCCUACAACACUGAAAGUUAAGGUGAAUCGUGUGUGGAUUUCAAUUUGUUGCCAGUCGACCUCUGUUCUCUUCGAUGUUUACAUCAUGAUUAGGAAGAAAAAUUGUUCGAUGUUCGCGUUCAUCAUUUCAUAGUUGGUCUUCUUUUAGCUAUUUUCCCUAUGCAUUAAUGGAUUCUCUUACAUGAAACUGCAUUUUGAUUUAUGACUUCAUAUUUACUGCCUAAGGAUUUGUUUUCAUCUAUUCUGCUCUUCAUGUUCCAAAAUUGGCAUGGAAUGAUAAAGAGCAAUUGGAAAGAGAGCCAAUGUUUUGAUUUUCAGCGAACAUUUUGCAGGAUAAGUAUAGGUUGUGUUAUUAACACUUCAAAACUAACAUUCUGCAAGUUAUAUUUUAACGUCCAAACGUCAUCAUAGAUAUGAUAACGUUAGAAUUCUGUUAUCGAUGCCAAAAUAUAUUUGAUUCGGUUUGACCAAUUUAGCAUUCGAAAAUUAAAAAGGUGUUUUUCGUUCCUAGCUUUAGCUUUCGUCAAUCUUUCGGUCUAUAAUUCUAUGUUCUUGCGAUGAUUUUUGACACACGAAUUACUUCCUCUCAAAGAAAAGUGCCAAGGGUAUGGACUUGAUGCACUGGGUAACAACACAACUGAACAUUACAGAAAAAGAGUACUUUGGACUACUAUGGGAGGACAAAACAGGAGAAAAGGUAAUAGGAUAUUUUUAGGUUACCCAGCACAACUAAGCUUUGGGUUAUGAUUAGGGUAGAUGAUUGUCUUAAUAUAACUUUUCUUUGUUGUGUCUUGAAGUAGAUCGCCCCUUAUCGACAAAUUUAACUCCGUUAGACAUUGAAGAGGAAAAAAAAUUUUCCCUAACUUAUUAUCUUUUAUCGAAACAAUUUUUUCCGUUGCGUGACCAUGACCUACCAAAACAACUUAUCAAAAUUGUGUUCUGCAAUCGUUUUUCCUGUGUUUGCUUUCUGUAAAUUACAAUAUGUUUUUGUUUUUUCCCUUUAGUACUGGCUAAAUCCUCAAAAGAAAAUAACAACUCAGCUAAAAGGUAUUUUGCGAGAUUCUUCGUAUGAAAUUUCUUCCCACGAUUAAGCCCCAACGCCUAAAUUUUAUUGUUAUGUAAAUGAGUAUCCCGGACAAUUUUCCUUAGAGAAUAAUAUUGUCCACUAGUUUGUUAUGCGACUUUUAUCUUGGUAGCAUGAAUUUUUUAUUUUUGAUUCAGUACUUCUUCCCAAAUGGUUUAUGUUAACAAACUAACACAAAAUAUGUGUUGUAAAUAAUCAUGCACUUGUUCAGAACGUUAUAUAUUUAUUAAAAUGUUGUUAUUUAUAACUAAAUUAAAUUUGUUGUGAUUAGCAUUAAUGGAUGAUCCCAGACAGCUUUUACUAAUCUCUGCAUUAUUGUGAAAUAAAAAGAUUUGCUUUUGAAGCAGUUCAGCUCAAAGUAUAUCACGGGAUAACCAAGGUUAAUCCUUUACCAAAAGAAUUAGAAGGAGUGGGUUCGUUUGUGAUGUUAUCAGCAAAAAGGACUGAUUACAAUCCCCACUUCACUGACCUAGCUUUCACUACCUAUGUGGUCUGAUUGUUUAAAUAUUUCUUGAUGGUUGCAUGCUGUACAACCUGUUGGCUCUCUUAACUUCAGUGUACACAGGAAAUAGUAUGUCUGAGUGAGAUCAAUCUUGGACACGCAAGAGCCCCAGUAUUUUAUAAAGCUCUUUUUUUAAUGUGUGUGUUUCAUUUGUUUGUUUCAUAACUGCAAACAAAAUUAAUAUAGCAAUACCAUUCUUUGCACUUUUGUGAAUCAAACGGUAACAGAAUGAUGUUUCUCUUUCAUAUUUCUGCCGUAUUACAUCCACUUGUUUCCUUUUCCUGUUGUGAAGUAGAAGUACUUAAAGAAAAAUUUCCCUUUGUCGUCAAUGAGUUUUUCGCUGACAUAUUUGAUGUUGAAAUGCUUCAGUUCUGAUAUUGAUUCUGAUAUAAGUACUGUGGUCACUUGUUGACAUGAAGUUAGUUCUAUAUUAGGUUUCAUUAGCAAUCUAAAGUACUUUAUUUUAUCAAACUCAAAAUCUAACUAUCAUGAAAAAUUGAUUUUCAUAAAAAUGGAACAAAAGGAUGGGAAAAUUAUGGAAUUGAUGUUAGCGUUUUGAUUCUCUCUCUAAUUAUCUUUACCAUGAAGCACUUGAUAUGCAUGGCAUUUGUUGAAUAGUUUAUUUAUUUACCUGAUAAUUUUUGGAUGAUGUUAAAACAUUCAUUUAAAAAUAAGAAACUCUAUUUUAGCAUUCUAUGGAUGGUUAUGUUGUAUACAUUCGCAAUUGUUUUUCAAGUAAAAGUUUACAAGUUGACUGUCAACAUCUACCCUUUGUUCUUCCUUUUGUCCAUACUUUCUGAUGUAAGACAUAAUUUCUUUUUCUAGAAGGUUAAUCUGUAAACAAAGUUUGACUCUGUGAUUAUCAUGUAAAUGGAAACAUUUUUUUUUUAAUGUGGGUGUAUUUGCGUAACUUAGUUGUUUCAUCUGACCUUAGCAUCGAGCAAUAUCUGAGACAAUAAAGUAAACCAAGUUAUGCUUGACAGUCAUUUGAAGCUAUUGACAUCAGUAAGUCAAUUAAAGAAUAUAAAUUUGUUUCAGGUUGCCAGCCAAACUUUGGUUUUGCUGUUAAGUUUUAUGAGCCCCUUCCUUCCCAAAUCAAGACUGACUACACCAGGUAAAGCAAAUACAUAGCAUACUUCCCACAGAUAGAGAUGGAAUUCUUUUUAUAGUGAGUUUUAGAGGUUAUUUAGAGUUGCAUUAGUUUUGGUCUACUUCCCUAAAUAUUAAUUAGUCUAGAAUACUUUUGCCACCUACUCGGCUUGGCUUCAGACAGUUUGUUAUUACUUUUAUUGGUUAUCAUACUGUUUUGUCUCCCAAUUGAACUUCAACUUGUUAUUGAUAGAAAGAAUUUCCCCUAAGUUUUUUAUUAAAUGUGAGAAAUUGCUUUUGAACUUAAUUCCAAAGAAUAUUCUUUGAGUCACAUGUAUGAUGCAAGAGCAAGAACUACUCAAGCAAAUCAAAGAGAACAUUCACUAAGCAUUCAUACUAGAUUCUUCUACUCAGUCUUUAUUUAAUUUGUGGUUUUUUUUUUCAUACAUUUUUAUAUUUUAUUGGGAUUCCUUGAAAAAACCUUGUGAUUGUUGUUAAUUCCAAAUAUUAAUUAUGAAAUGGUGUUUAUAAAACUAAGUUAUGGAUUAGCGUUUCACAGUAUCGUUUUCUAUUGUUUACAAUCAGAUCUUACCAAGUAUCUCUUGUAAUUUUUUCAUAAAGUACGAGAAAAGAAGGGUUCUUUUAUUUGGAUUUAGAUGUAGCAUAUGUCUCAAUCAUCAUUUUGCUCCCAAGGUAUUUGAUGUGCAUGCAGUUGAGGGAUGAUGUAAAUUCUGGGAGGUAAGAUACAAAUCUCUAACAUUUGUUUGCUAUGCAGAUAUACCAUAAGAGCAUGGACAGCUUAGAUGAAAUGUUUAGUGGCUAAAAAUAGAAUUGCUUGUAUCCAUGUCAUCUUCUUUACAAUGAAAUUUCUAACUUCAGAAUUCCCUUGAGUCAAUGCAAAGAAUGAAUAUGUCUUUGUAAGCUCAACCUUGCAUGAUAUGAAGUCAUCCUGUUCUUGGGCAUAGCUCUCUGGGCCUGGGCCUGGGCCUGGGAUUAAGAGGCUCUGAUGGGGUCAUUUUGCUAUGUUCUUAAGUGAGAAACUUACUCUCAUAGAGUCUUCCUCACCUAAGAAUUUGAAUGAGUGUAGAGUAAUAAGGCUGAAUGAACAUCUUCACCCUUAAGAUGUAGACACAUUUGUAGUCACUUCAUACAACAGAAAGUGUGGAUAUGGUGUUUGAGACUUCCAUAAACCAUAUCUCCUAGCUUUUUAUGGUCACCUGAAUGUAAUAUCACUGAUUGACUGUUAUGUUGGUUUCUCUUUUUCAGAUUGCCAUGUUCCUUUAGCAACCAGGCUGUGCUUGGAUCUUACAUUGUGCAGGGUUAGUCCUUCAAAAAGAAAAUCAAGAACUAAUUUUCAUUGCAUUCAGCCAAUGUUGUUGUGGAAAGAGUUUUCUACCUCAUUUGUCAAAGUUGUGGCAUUUGUUUUCAUAGUCCAGCUGGAAACUGACUCUUCCUUUUACUUAUAAUUUAGGUGAUGUUGGUGAUUAUGAAGCUCGUGAACAUGGAACUGACUACUUGGAUGGAAUGGUCUUUGCUCCUGACCAGGUAAAGAUGCUGAGUUAAAAUGGUUUUUAUAUUAACUUGUGAUUCAAUGACUUGGUCAAUUCUCAAGUCAAAUCAAAAGUUUCACUGGGUUGAGAUUUUGUCUUAUUCUCUUGAACUGUCAUCGUAAAAAUGUAUUAUAUUGUCAGGAAAAUAAGCUAUUGGUCGUCCUGCAAAUGUAAAGGCUAUCCCUAUCACUUUUUAGAAAUAAAUGGUAACUCUACAAAGUCAGUAACCUUAAAGCAAUAUUUUAUUUUUUCUGUUUGUACAGACACAAGAAUUACUGGACAAAAUUAGGGAACUUCACAAGCAAAACAGGUAGCAUAAGAUCUCUACUAAUAAAGUAACACUUUGAUCUCUCAAAUGGUAUUUUUCAACAAUAGUUUGCAUUCAUAACCUUGUGGAUUUUUUCAAUGUUAAUCAAACACUUUCAUUUCUUUAGAGUGCAUGUUACAGGAAAUAAGGUGUCAUUGAAAGGAAGUUGUUAAUGAAAAUUUUGUUAUUAUUGCUGGGUGAAAAAUUAAGUUGAUUGGAAGUUAAAUGCUGUGGUAAUUUUUUACACUCAAUUAAACAGAAUCUGUUUAAAAGCAGAAUCAUCUCAUUAGACAUGCCUGUGAUAAAAAUGACCAAGAUACUGCAAGAAAUCUGAUUGGUCAUAAGCCUAUCAUUCAUUGCACCGAUAAACUGAUAGAAAAUUGAAACAAAGGUUGUUUUGUUCUUAGUUUAUGUUAUCAAAGCAAUAGAGCGCACUUUUUUGGGUUCACUGGCAUAACAACCCACUUGGAAUAUUGGAAGAACAUGAGAAAAGUUUUUAAAUCACUCCCCUCCAGCUUGUGAAUUACAAAGUUCUCUAUCAAUCUUCCAAUUUUCUUUGUGGGUUAUUAUGCAGAUAAACUGAUUGAAAGUGCAGUCUAUUGCUUAGUUAGCAUUUAAGGAACUCAUGAUAUCCAGAAAUGGAUGUUAUAGUUUGAUGUUUGUUUUCCAGGGGUCUCAGUCCAGAAGAAGCUGAUUUACAGUACCUAAAGAUGGCAGCAACAAAACUUGUCAUGUUUGGUGUGGAUGCACAUCCAGCAAGGGUAGGUAGAAUUGCUUCUACCACUAAACCUGACAUCACUUGUUUAAACAGGGCAUGAAAUUGCACCUAAUAAAGGCACCAAUGUGACUAAAUUUUUCACUUUGGUGACUAAAUCCUGAAAAUUAGUCGCCAAAUUGGUGACUAGAAUGUUUCAUCAUAACCUUACCAAGAGAUAUAGUGAAUUAAAUAGAUUUGCAAAGAUAAAUCCAUGGCAAACUUCCUCAUUAAGUUUGUUUCCAAAACGCGGCACAUGCAUCUCAAUCGAUAACUAGACACCAUCUUGGAUUUAAGUGAGCUUGAACAUUUUAUAUCAUCCAUCCUAGUGUCCUCUUUGUAGCAUGUUAAAGAUCUUCUCCCUAACUUAAUUUUGGAGGGUCUAUCUGGAAUGCUGACUGUGUAAAAAAAGGUUUUGUUUGUCUUUGAAAAUGGCCAUCAACUUUUUUUUAAUUGGCUACCACUUUGAAGAAUUUAGGAGCUAAGUGGCUAUCUGAGAAAAAAAGUUAAUUUUACACCCUGUUAAAUUGUUGUUAGGUCUCCUUCUAGUUCUGAGAGUUUUCUUCUGAAUUCCAUGGUUUUCCUCUUCCACUAAGAGCAAAAUUAUAAGUUAGAAUUCAACUUGAAAAAAGUCACAGAAUUGAGAACCUUGUGGUAGCAAUGUUCUGUGGAGAACUGUCAGUAGCCAGCUAAAAAUUACUCUAGCUGGCAAAGGUUUAUGUGCUCUUUCAUAUCAGUACAUGUAUUUUACUUGUUUGUCCAGUUGAAGUAGCAUAUCUCUACCUAUAAAUGGCUUGCUACCAAUUGUCUUGUUUGUAACAAGUCUGGUUACUUUCACAGCAAGUUUUUUAUCAGGUUGCUUGUGAUAUCUCAUCCAAAGUUGCUCUGAGUAUAUUUGUUUGAUUCCAAAUAAAGGAACAAGAUGGCACAGAAAUACUCAUUGGUGUUUCUCAUGAUGGUGUUGCUACCUACAAAGACAGACUGGUGGUCAACAAAAUUCCAUGGUAAGUGCAUGAAUUUCAUCUCGCAUUGCAUGAUUAAUUCUUACAUUCCAAGGGAAGUUAUAGGUGCAACUUCUUUAAGCCUAUGGCCCCUGAGUGUGACGAGCAUCUAAUUUCUCCUUACAAUAUCACACCUGAAUCAGACAUUAGGGUUAUGAGAAUAACUUAAAUUAAGAGGCUUUUGAUUGAUAAACAAAUUCUUCAUUCUUCAAUCAUAGUAUCUGAACUUCAUUUGAAAUUUUGAUUUAGGACCAAGAUUGACUACAUCAAGUACAGAAAGAGGAAUUUCAUCAUCAAAAGCCAUCCAGGAGAGGUAAAAACAGAGUAAUUGCCGCAGUUAGUUCUAGCAUUUUCCAGAGGCCUUCAAGAGGAGACAUAUUUUGUUUAAAGGUUAAAAGGUUCUCUAGAGCUUUGCACUCCAAGAAGAUACCCUUACAAGGGAUUUUUUGUCUAUGUGAUCCAGAAAAUCCCAAGUAAGAUCAUUAUUUGGUAGAUCCUCUUUUUCUUUUUUUAGACUUUAAGAGACGAGAUUUGGCUCAGAUUGCACAGAAUUUGACUCCUUCCUGUGAGUUCUGUUUCAUAAUCCUAUGAAGGAUUUCAGCCACCCUUUGACCCUUUAACCUCUAAGAGUGACUGGGAUCAAUUGUCUCCAUAUAGCAUCACUGCUGAAUCAAACAUAAACGUUGUAACGAAAAGGAAAAUAUCCAAAAUUAAAAAAGGUCCUGAUUGUCAUACAAAUUCUCCUGACAAACCUCAUGAAUUGUAUGAGGAGCAGUUUGGAGAAAGUAUAUUUUGAGGGUGUAAAGGGUUGAUGAACACAAUUUUGCACUUGUGCAAAACAUUAUCAUUUGAUAAACACAAUUUUGCACUUGUGUGAAACAUUAUUAUUUAAUGAACACAAUUUAACACUUGUGCAAAACAUUCUUAUAAAUUAUUGGUAUUUCUUUCAAUUAUCAGCUGGACACUUUGACAACUAGAGCUGUUUACAAGAUGCCAAGUGAGAAGGCAGCCAAGCGCUUGUAUAAAUCUUGCGUUGAACAUCAUACAUUCUUCAGGUAUAAAAUUUUCUUCUGGCUAGUAUCAACUGUCUGCACAUUGCCCUUCUGCAAAACACCCAUGUUUUUAUUACUAUUUUUUUUUCCUCUGCUACUGCCUGAAUUUUAAAUCCUACUGCCAAUACGUUCAGCAAAACUCUGUUAGGAGUUUUCUCCCCCACACCACAUUACUGAUAUUGCUCCAAACACAAUCUUGCCUUUUCUGUGUCAGGUUAACUUUCUCUGACCCACCACCAAGUCGCAGUAGCUCUCUGCUGAGGAUGGGAUCAAAGUUCCGUUACAGUGACCGCACCCUGUAUCAGCUACACAAGGAUGGUCAACCAAUCAAGGACCAGCCCAAGUUUAAUCGUGUUUCAAGUCUAAACUGGUCACGUCGUUACCAAAUGCCUUCUCUAUCAGAAACCAGGAUUUAUGUGAAAGAAGAUGAUGAGAGCAACAAGAGGCCCUUAUCAGAGGGAAAUCUUCCUGGAAAGAUGCGGUGGUACAAAGGGGGACAGGUGAGUUAGUAUGGUUAAUUCAAUGUAUACGUUUCUUGGACAUGUCUUUUGAUUCUUUUUUGUACAAUUUUCUUUACAACAAAGCUGGAACCUUCAAAUAUUUAUUUCUUAUUCCUAGUGUACUCAAGAUGCCUGUAUACGUGUUUUAUGUAUGAAAACAAGAUUGUUGAGACAUAUAGGGUAGCAUCAGGCAAAAUUUGGCAAAUGUACGAUAUGUUUAGGAGAUUAUUAGUCUGCAAGUGAAUUUUGUUGCUCUGUAUGGAAAUUUUAUUUUCCAAUUGUUUUAGGCACCACUAAUGGAGGAGGAAUCAAUGGCGACCUUGACACCAGAAGAGCGUGAACAGUAUCAGAGAGAGAUAACAGAGAAAUUGGGAAAACAAAAGGGAGAAAGAGGAGACGAUGUCAUCAGAGCUACUGGUGCUGGGGAAGCUGGUGGCUUCUAUGCAUAUGGUAGAGCAGAAAGACCUGAUCCUCAAGCCACAGUCACUGCUGUGGAAGAAGAGGCAAGGAGACGUGAGUGGGAGAGGAAACAAGCUGAGGAACGAGAAAGGAUACGUGAGCAGGAGAAAGAAGCAGAACGAGAGAGGAAAUUGCAAGAAUGGAUUGAAAGCGAGAAGAGAAGGUUAAAUAAAAGUUUGAUAAGAGUGUUAUUCAAGUCAUCUUUUCCUAAAGGAUCUUAGUCAGUGAAAAAUUAAAACCAAAUUUUUCCCAGCGACCAAUCAGAACAAAAACUUGCUUUGUUAUUAACCAAUGAGAACUCUGUGUGAAAACAAGCAAACUGCUUGAAGCGCGGGAAAACGUGCAUGACCAAGUCGCGAUUGUUUUUAGUUUUGUAUCCUAUUGGUUGAGAGAAUGGCGCGUUUUCUUGACCAAUCACAGAGCAAAUUAAAGAAAAAUCAAAGCAAUCCUCAAUUCCUUUCAACGCUCAAUUGAAAAUUGCUCUAGAAUACAAUAACUGAUCAGCAAAAUUUGGUCAUUUUUUGUUGGAUAGAAUAACAUAAGGUACAAUCUGUCUUGAUUUUAGGGUUGAGGCAAUUGAGCCGCAGGAAGCCGGCCCAGCGUACACAGCUCCUGGAGGAAAAGCUGAAAGGUAAUUUUACGCGAUCAAAUUGGUCAAAUUGAGGUAAAGUGUACCUUAACGAAACGUGUGUAUAAGCUUGAUAUUCAUAUCUUGUUUGUAUAUUUUUUUUCUACCACACUAUUUAUUGUUUUCUCACGUAUUGAAUGCUGUCUAUUUUAGAGCAACAUUUACUCUGGAAAAGGUCAAGAAGGAAGAACCAGAAUUUGUCAGCAUGGGCGUGGCUACCCCCGUUAGUGGUUUUGACACCAUCAAGAGGGCAGAGACGAGGGUAGCUGAUACUGAUACGUACAAGGGACGUGUCCAGAAGCUGCCACAGGAUGAGAUGGUAAGAAUCUAUAGAUGUCAUUGAGUCCUAAAAGUUGACCAAAAACUCUUGUCAUUUGUCAGACGCGUUUGGCUAGUUGGGUCUUUCCGUUGGGAGAGAGUUCCACUGUUGAUAGGAGCAUUUUGACUAGAACCAUUAUUUCCCAAUUUUUAUCAGUUCACUUCCUACAGAAAAUUCUCAAAUGCCAACUCCGUUCAAAUUCGACAUUCUGCCGACCAGUGAGUUGUUACUAAUGAUUAGCACCCCAACACUUGUUAUGUAGAUAAGCCAUUCAAAGGCAGUUUGACGCAGCUAAAAUGAGAGCGUCCAAACAGCGUCUGUCCAACAAUGGCAUUGUCGCCGUUUUACGUAAACCCGUUUUGGUUCUGGCUCUUAAACUUAGACAAGGGCAUCAGUCUGUAACAGUGCCUGGUAUUGUAAAGAAAUAUGAAGGAAACUUGUCGCGGUUUUCCAGGCCAAUCACAGAGCAAACUUGCCUCCUUCGCAACCGUUCUUUGAGAUGUGAAAGAAUGGUCCCCUAGAGUGUUGCGUGACAUUUAAAGAACGGUUGCGACGGAGCCUCAGAGAGAACCGAAGCAAAAGGAAAACAAUAGCAAAUUACUUUCGACAAUCGAUGGUAAAAUAUAUUUUUAAAUGUUGAGUUAUGGAACGCAUGUAUUGCAUCAUUCCACCAUCUUUGUCUGUGUAUAGAAUGACAGGCACUCGAAACGACCUUUUUAGUGUAGUUUUCAUUUGAGCCUCGAACAACUAAGACCAUAAUGAUCACAACAGCCAAUCGGAAAGAAGGUUGACAUCAUUACAGAAUUAGAACUCUGCGUAAAAACGCGAGGUUUUUUGCACCAAUCCUAGAACGAAAUUAAGCAAAAUCAAAGAGAUCAUGGAUUACUUUCGACGCUCAAUUAAUUACAUCCUGAAAACUUUUUUUUUCACAGGGUCCUGACCCUUCUGCAAGGACAAACACAUGGGGUGGUGGAAAAAAGGAUAAUGUAUCCUACACCCGAACACACACCAGUGCAACUUUACCCAACCGAGGAGCAAGAAAAGGCUUUGAUAGCAACAUGAUGCCUGAUGAGGACAGGAGACGCAGUGCUGAGGAUUUGUUGGAGAACAAUGGACAGGAGAGGGGCCAAAGACAAGGAAAAGUACCUCUGGUGAAUAGGGAUGAACUGAUGAGGUACUACUCACCUGGGUCAAGUGACACUCUGCGCACUGAACCCGCCCAGCAUGAGAUCAAGAGAUCACUGAAAGAUGACCUCAACUUGCAGCACGAGCAAGGCGAGGGUGGCUUUGUUCGGGAGAGCAUCCGAAGAAACGAAGGCUUCAUUGCAAAGCAGACCGUGCGGAACGACCUGGAAAGCGCUCCACCCGAGAUCACCACCAAGACCAUGAUCAUCGAUAAUGACAGAGACCCGAAAGUGUAUCGUCAGAACAGAGCUCCGGAGGUAGAGACGCACUCGUUUUUGAUUGGACGGAACGAUGGACAGCCAGGAGUUAAACAAGGUACUCCCUAUCGCUUUAGUGACAUCACCCAGGAUGGUUCUCCUGAGCCAUAUUCACCACAUUCAAGACAUUACAAUGUGCCCAGCGUCACCACACAGAGAGUUGUGUAUGACCAAAAUGGACCUCCCAUUAGUCCACCUUCGAGUGGUUAGUAAACGAUUCCCAAUCAAUUUCAGUAUUUCAGUAACUGCGCACCUACCCCUCCCCUAACCCAGUAACUACGCACCUAACUCAACGUUAACCCUUGACUUGUCUGCAGUUGACUUUUGUUGGGUUAGGGAAGGGUUAGGUGUGUAGUUGUUCAAGGACCGACAUUGAUCCAAGUUCCCUUUGAGUGCAGUUUAUAAAACCGCAGUAACACUAGUGAUUGCUUCUCGACAAAUGAACUUCUCAUGGGACAUUCAGUUACAACAACCUUUGCGCGUGUGUAAGACAAAGUUACGAAGGAGUAGAAUUUACAUGGAAAAGAAUUUUCCUUCAACCUCACUACAAAUUCCCCAUCAGGUCUCCUAAUCAAGUUUCGUUUUCAAGAUAACUGCUUUCUCCUUUAUUGGUAUCCUUUUUUUUUUUUCAUUUUGCUUUCAAACGGAUUCUUUCUACGGAAAAGCUGUGUCAUAGUCUUCGCUGCUCAGGGAAAUUUUCGAGAGAAAUUCUGUCAUUGAGAACUUGUUAGUUUAAUGCCGUUUUAGUGUUUUUUAAUUUACCCCAAAGAUAGAAAUUUUCAAGCUAUUUUGAGCCACUGCAUGAUUUUGGUAUUGGUUGGAGAACAUUGCAUUGAAAAAACGGACGAGCUCUCAGUGUUUUUAUCUGCUGAGAAACGAAAAUUCGGAAAAACUGGUGAAAAAACCCUGCAAAUUAAAGGUGCCUGUAUGAGAUCUAACCGCACACUUGUCCAGAAAUUAUCACAAUCAGUUUUUUUUUCUUAUCAUAUUUAAUCCAUGACAUUUUUUUUUAAAUUCGCUUACAAUAGUCAAGUUGAUCUCUGCUUGCGAACAUUUCCCGCACUAGUUAUGACAUUUGCUCAAAAGUUUUGGAGAUUGAUGACUUAUAUCACAUUUCAGCUAAGUGAGACUUUACAUGCAAGUCUUCUUCGGAGCCGUUCUUUGGAAAGUAACUCAACCCUCUCGUUAAAAGAAGUUUCAAAGAGGGGAACGUUGCGUGACAUUCCAAAGAACAGGUCCGAAAGUGACUGAGCAGGUUGGUCAUAGCCAAAGCAGUUCUCUUGCUUUUACCAAGAAUGUCACGUCAUUCUGGAAGUGAUGUAAAUUUUCUGUCUUUUAAUUUAAUUUACGACUUCCUCUCAACAGGAACCCAAGAUGGCGGCACGGUGAUUACUCGUACCAUAAUGAUGGGUGGUGCAGAGCCAACUAGAACAGAGACUAUUCGUCAGACGACCAUGCCUACAGAGAUAAUUCAAAAGACAAUCACCAUCGAGGGUGAUGGAAACCAGCUGACUGCCGAGGAGCUGAAGGACAUCAUAGCUAAACAUGCAGGAGACAUUGGAAGCAGUGAAGUGGUUACCACUGUAAGUCGCGACUAUGCCAUGGCCAUCAUGUUGAUGAAAAAUGAAAGUAAUAAAGUGCGGAAACCAAGAAAAAAAAUAGUUUUGUGAGAUAGAGAAGCACAAAAAUGGGGACCCUAAGCCAAAACAAGAAAUAAGACUGUUAGGGAUAGAGGAGAAUUUCACAUCAGGCUUGCAGUAUAACAUUUUCGUUUUCUAUCUACGUUCACUCUUCCAGCGUGUGUUAUGUUUACUACAGUUUUCUGUGGCCACCCUCCCAAAGGUCCCUGUUGCUUGGUGGUAGGACAACUGAAUCACUAACCUUGUGGAUACUGUUUAGACUCCAGCUACACUCAAAAUGUUCGUGUUUUGGUGAUGAUAAUAUAAAUUUAAAAAAUUCCGCAUUUUCCAUGCAACACGAACGCAAAUUACAAAUGGCGCGCGCACGCUUUCAAAAUGUCGCCUUUCUUGACUUUCUGUGCUGCUCUUUCAAGUACAUUAUUACCAAGUAAUAACAUGAAUUCCGAUGCAGUUUGGGAUGAAGACACUUUUAGAUCUUUUGAAAGAUUUACUCAUGCUUAUUUACACCAAAUUGUACUGGAAAUGAUGUUGUUACUUCGUCCUUAGACGAGUGCGAGCUUCGAAUAACUCUUUUACAUACGAAAUGUCUCAUUCCUUUUCAGACUUACACAACCAAGGUUCAAGAAGUGAAGCAAACGAAGACAAUAACAGAAACAAUGAGGGUUGUGGAUGAUGAAGGGAACAUCAUCAAAACUGGUGACCCUGAUACUGAUGCUGUAAGUGAUCGGCUCACCACCAUUACCAUGGUGGCACCAGUGAACUCUCUUGUUGGUCGAACUGUUGUAACUUUUGUCUUAAACAGAAGAAUGUUUGAGCCCACGGUAGAUCGAUUGAAGGUUGCUAAGUAAUUCAGUGACGUACGUUUACAACGAAGUGUACGUGCGAUUGGUUGAACCGUAAAACUCUGGAUUAUGAACAAGAAGAUUUCCUAGUAUUCGGUUAAUGUACUAAAUAUUUCAUGAAUUUUUUUGCAAGAAGUGGGACGGUGUUUAGACGAAGGCGCUUUUUUUCCUUCACUGUAGUUGCUAAAUGACAAAUGAAUUGUAUUUAUGUAAUUUUCCGUAUAUUUGUUUGUUUUUCUAUUUAUUUAUUUUUCGACGGAAUAGUUUGGUUCCCAACCUAAUCUCUGCAAAAGGUUAAGAAGUCAAAGUAUUGUACUCAUUGCUCUUGCAUUGAAAUCCUAUGUAGGCAAUUUGGGAGGCCAUCCAGCGAGCAAAGGAAGAGAACCCUAACGCUAAAAUAACCGAGGUUGUUAUAACCAGGACUGAUGAAGAAAGCCAAGCGUAAAGGUAAAGUUAUUUUGUUAUUUUUAAGCGACUUUCUUUCAACUUCCCGAGUUUUAUUGUUUUAUUGAUUAUUCUCUCUAGCUGCAUAACGCUGUUGAUAAUUUUAGUUCUCUUCUGACAUUUGACAGUGAUUUUAACUGGAUCUUGUUUGUUUACACACUUGCUGCUGUGCUUGAACCUUGAUUGGCUUAUGUCUUUUUGUUCCGUUGUGGCGAUUGGUUCUCCUGCUAAUGAUAUGUUCGUGUUAUCCUUCCAAUUUGAAUGUAGACAUUCCUUUGUCAUGUCAAUCCUAUGGUUUUUUAAUCUCAAAUUCAGUCGUCUUUGAAACUUUCUUGAUUUUGAUGUACGAUUUACCAUCCGCAGCAGUUAAAACCCACGGAACCCUUAAGGAACUGCAGUCGGCCAAGCCGACAAGUAGAGGAUGAACGCUGCUUCCCUAAAGUGUUACACACUCGUAAAGGAUAUACUAUAAAAGUUAAGGAUGUAAAAUCAGUGGUGUUGGAAUAUUGAAGAGCCCAUAGUGGUACAGUUUAAAACAAGUCUAGGUUGUUGAAGGUGUUGAAGUGGGAGGAGAAUUAAACCGCUCAAUGGGUUUGUUUGUUUGUUUUUGUCAAGCACUGUAUUAGAAUUUUAUUGUAAAUGUGCUUUUAAUUUUAGGAAAAGGCGUAUGUGCACGUCGUUAUUUGGUAGUUAGCUUUUUCAGAUGAUUAACCGUACACGAAGCCCGUUGCCAGUUCAUCCAAUGAAAGAAUUUCAUUUAAGGCGAAAUGUUACGCAAGUUUUAUUUCGACUUUCACACAUGCAGAGAUAAAAUUUGUUUGGAGAAGACCUUAUCGUUACAAAAGUAACAAACUUUGAUAAGCACUAGGUAUAUUAUCUUCUUAUUAUGUUUGUUUCUAUUUUUUAAAAUGCCCCAAAUCAUUCAACAUCCUAGGGAUUUUGAAACUAACUCGAUUCAAACACAUUAAAUUAUAGUAUUUUAAGAUUGCUUUAAGUUGGAAUUCCUGCUUUUAGUUUUGUAAUAAUGUAACCAUUUUCUAAAUAAGAUGAAUUGGGGUCGUGUCAUGCGGAAGCUUCCCACGGUAUGUUUUUUUCUAAUUAAUAGCUUUAGGUGUUCGCUUACUACAAUUUCGAACUUUUAUCUAAGAUGGUGGAAGAUUAAAGAUUUAUCAUUCGCGGUACUUAGCUCUAUAAUUUUAAUCUUUUAUAUAAGAUGGUUGAAGACUAAAGAUGUAUCAUUCGUGGUACCUAGCUCAGCAACGUUUUAAAAUCACGAUUUUUACGAGUGAAUCCCUUCUUUCGUAUGAAUGUGGGCUUUGCUCAAUUCGGGGCACGUUGAGAACGCUACUGCUGA